GCUGCACAGUGCACUACUACAUGGUUGACCAUUCCCUUCUUCAGAUCAGGAAAGGAGCUGGCCGCUGGCUCUAGGAAAGGGCCGCUGAGUCGCAGGCGAAUGAUGGUGUCAAAUCUGUCGAGCUCGCUCUGGUGCCUAGAUUUGUGGACAGGGUUUACUCAUAUUCUGAAAGUGAUGAUGAAAUCGGUUGACAGCGCAGAGCAAGCGGAGCGUUGCAACAUUCCUAUUGCGGACACUGUCAGAUUCACUAUCCUGCGUGGCACGCUGGACGAAGGAAACCCCCUCUCGCUCCUUCGAGGAAACGAACACAUCUGGACCAGGGUGUUUUGCCUUGUAGACACCUGGUAUGAGGAGCACAUGGACCGGAAGUCGGUGGCAUUUGACAUUGCCUCACAGCAUUUAGGGCCGGCGCGCAAGUGGCACCCUAAGCUGAUCUCCUUCCCAGAACCAAAGGGCAUCCAGAUAAAUAUGAUGCCGAUCAAACCACAUGACCUUGACCUUCUCAACACUCUCCCAGCAUACUGCCGUCAGUACUAUAAGUUUAUUGAGAUGUGCAAGCGUGCGGCGCUCCCAGCAAAAUUCAACCAGGUCGCAUACCUAACAAUUCAUGAAAGCCUCGUCCCAAUAGGAGAGUCCCAGCGCCGGCCUGGGCUACAUGUUGAGCGGCCCGGGGAGAUCCGGGAUGGCGGUCUGGCUAAGACACUUGAGACCUCGCAUCGUUUCUGGGGCGGGGGCUAUAAGGCUGCGGGCCAGAAUGAGCUCACUGACGGUAUCUACAUGGCUUCCAACACGAAGACAAGUUCAGCUAGAAGGCAAGCAUGGCUUGGGCGAUGUGAAGGCUCGCCGAGUUCCAAUGUUGCUGUCCUGGGCUAA